AUGGUGAUGGAACGUCAAAACUCGCUGCUAGCGAUGGCAAAUUUGAAUAUGAAAUUAUCUUUCAAAAAAAAACCAAAAGUGGAGGUUGAAAAGGAGGCGCUUUUCUUAAGCCCAGUUGACAGCAAAGACGGCAUUGUGGCUAUGGAUGGGACAAAAACACCAAAGCUCGAAAUCGAGGAGGAAACGUGCAGCGAUCAGCCCACUACAUCAAACAUGCCCAUAAACCCACUGGGAAUAAACUCGCGUCAAAUCUCUCCAUCUUGUUAUUUCAUCGCUCUUGAUCAAUGCCCAACCGUCAAAGAGCUCUUCCAGUACGCACAAGGAUUGUCGGAAUCGGGUGUUGUCAUGGACGAGCCCACUUUUUUCGACUCGGAGAAACCCGGCGCCUACAUCAAUUUCUUCAUCAAUGUUGGCGAGGUUUGCAUGGCCGAUUUGCACAGAGACAUUCUUGCUCCGUGGACACUCACAGUUGAUGGGAAAACGUUGUGCAAGAUUCGAACCGAGAACCAGACGUACGUGAAUCUCGAUGGGAAGACGUCAACAAGUGUUCGAUACAGUCUUUACUCGAAACAUCCCCGACAAGCACCAAUCACGAAAAAGGUCGCCAUUUUCCCAAUCGGUAACGCCAACGUAAAGCCGCAUAGCGGUUUCAUCGUCUACAAAGUCGAGCAGCCGUUCAAUUUGUGCGAGUACACAUCGGUGAAGGGAUUGGCGAGGAAAAGAAGGAACUACGAUCAAAACGAUCACGAGACUGCGCAAUUCAUUGACAGCUUCUUGAAGACCGAAGCCGCCGAGAAACAGGAGGAACAAAAGAAGCUCGGGCGAUGUAUGGGAAAACUGUCAAAGCUGGAAGAUCAACUGUCUCAACUCAGGAAGCAAGCCUACAUGAAUGUGUUGAAUGGGAAUGAGGCUUAUCUCGACUUCUUGGUCGAACGAUCCGCCACACUACUCAUCGCUGAGAAUCCACAAAACCUC